AUGACUGUUUGCAAGUUCAUCCAGAAGUUACAUUUGAUUGAUUUGCUUCCUAUGUUCCGUGUUUCCUCUAGAUUGGCCAUGAAUGAAAUUUCCCUGUUCGUCAUGAAUAUUCGCUUUAUGCAGAUAAUACACGAUGUUGAGGCAAUAGCUCAUGCAACAAAUGAGCAUCCUCUAGCAUUGCUUGCAGAACACACAAAGAAACUCUUGCAAAGAGAUAAUACUAUUUACAUGCCUAUAUUAUCUCAAAGGCAUCGUAAUGCUGCUGCUGUUUCUGCAUCCAUACUUCACAAGCUUUAUGGUAUCAAAUUGAGACCAUUCCUUGAAAAUGCGGAACAUCUGACUGAGGAUACUAUAGCUGUCUUUCCUGCUGCUGAUAGUCUUGAGCAGUAUAUAAUGCAAGUUAUCAUAUCUACUUGUGCUGAUGGAACUUCAGAUGCUUACUGCAGAAAGUUAAAUUUGUUCAAGAUUGAAACUGUAUCUGGGACAUUGGUACUCCGAUGGGUGAAUUCACAACUUGCAAGGAUUUUGAAUUGGGUUGACCGGGCUAUUCAGCAGGAGCGGUGGACACCGGUUUCCCCUCAACAAAGGCAUGGAAGUUCAAUUGUUGAAGUCUACAGGAUUGUGGAAGAGACGGUUGAUCAGUUCUUUGCUUUGAAAGUUCCAAUGAGGCCAGGGGAACUGGGUAGCCUCUUUCGCGGCAUUGAUAAUGCAUUUCAAGUAUAUGCAAAGACCAUUUUAGAUAAGAUUGCUAAUAAGGAAGAUGUUGUUCCACCUGUGCCUAUUCUGACAAGAUACUCAAGGGAACAUGGAAUUAAGGCAUUCGUAAAGAAGGAGUUGAAGGAUACAAGGAUACCGGAUGUCCUGAAGUCUGUUGAAAUUGACGUAGUGGCCACAUCAACGCUUUGUGUUCAGUUGAAUAGCCUUCAUUAUGCUAUUAGCCAACUGAAUAAAUUGGAAGACAGCAUUUGGGAGCGGUGGACGAGGAAAAAGCAUCACGAUAAAUCGAUAAAGAGCCCAGCUGAAGAGACUGCAAGAAAUUUACAGAAGGACUCAUUUGAUGGAAGCAGAAAGGAUAUUAAUGCCGCAAUUGACAGAAUGUGUGAAUUUACUGGAACGAAAAUCAUUUUCUGGGACUUAAGAGAACCAUUCAUUGAGAAUCUCUAUAAACCGAGUGUUUCUCAGUCUAGGUUGGAAUCAGUAAUGGAUCCACUUGAUAUGGUUCUUAAUCAACUUUGUGAUGUGAUAAUGGAGCCACUCCGUGAUCGUGUUGUGACAGGACUGCUUCAAGCAUCACUGGAUGGCCUACUCAGAGUCAUAUUAGAUGGAGGACCAUCACGUGUAUUCUCCUUGGGUGAUGCUAAGCUAUUGGAGGAGGAUCUAGAGAUCUUGAAGGAAUUCUUCAUUUCGGGUGGGGACGGGCUUCCUCGUGGUGUAGUUGAAAAUCAAGUUGCACGUGUUCGGCAGGUGGUAAAGCUGCAUGGUUAUGAGACCAGGGAAAUAAUAGAAGACUUGAGAUCUGCAAGUGAGUUAGAAAUGCAGGGCGGAAGAGGCAAGUUAGGUGCUGAUACCAAGACCCUACUUAGGAUUCUGUGUCAUCGAGGAGAGUCAGAGGCCUCUCAGUUUGUCAAGAAGCAAUUCAAAAUCCCCAAAUCUGGAGCUUAGUGUACUUGAUCUGUAUACAUUUUAGUGGACCUAGCAAAACCCUCCAUGGGAUUGUAACAUAGACAGUCAGAACUUUUAAUUUUCUUUUAUUUCUUAUUUUUUCAUGAUCUCAUUCGUCGAUGAGAACAAUCUGCUGCGACAGAUUUUUUUCUUCAAGGCAGAUACUUAAAGCAUAGCUUCUUUUCUUUUUGUUCUGUUCAUGUAUAUGUUUAGUGUGCAUUUCUUGCUUUCUUAUAACCUGUUCGGGAGGCAUGUAUAUGUAUAAUUUCUCCUUUCAUGGGAGAAUACGCUUGAACUUCUAUUUCUAAGAUUUUGGAAUUGAGUUA